UCAGCAUCUCAUCCCCUGACUGCUGGCAUUACUACCACCUGCGUUAACACAUCUUUCUGACCUGGCUCCAGGGCCUGUGACACUGGCGGGAGACUCUGAGGAGGGAAGCUCCCUAGAGAGGAGGGCUCGUCUCCGGACAGCUCUCAGGCUCUCUGAUAGAGAGGAUAGCAAACAACACACAGCUGCUGUGCUGUGCCUUGCAGGGGGCUUCCCUAGUCUCCUGGCUUCACCUCAGGGUGACCCGGGCUCUUUAGCAUCAGAAAGCCUCCUGAGCUGGUCACCUGAUCCGGGUUAACUGGGUCAAAUGCAGACUGUCUCCCCGGGCAUUCUUCGUGUUAGAAGUUAUCUUUGAUUGGACUUGAUUGAAUUUGGCCUUUAUUCCAUGGAGCCCGCUGGUCUUUGAGAUCUGAGGUGCAGAACCUGCAUGAUGCCCAUCACUGAUGGGAACCAGAAGAACCAGUGUGCAUCCGUCCAUCCUCCUGCUGCCACUCACUCCACCAAAACCAGAGUUGUUUUCUUGUUCACAGGUUUGGACACCAUGAAGAUCCUUUCGUAGUGGCUGACUGACUACAUUUGCUAAUGGGAUAUAAGGCAGCGCCCUCUGCCCAACUUCAGUGACUUUUACUGGUGGGCCCCGUCAGCAGGCCUCACCAUUCAUCAAUGGCGCCCUUGGCAGGAACUGAGGGACAGUGGCAGCCAUGCCUCCCCCUGCUCCAGCUACUCCUUCUACCUUCUGCUAACCUGCAUGUUGUGGGUACCCUGGCGACCCCCAGAGCCCUGAUCUUCUGAGCCAGCUUCCAUCCAAGCACUGAGUUCCUCAAGAUGUGGCUGGAGGGGCUGGUGGCCUGGAGCUGGUCUCUGGAUGGCCUGAGGGACUGUAUUGCCACCGGCAUCCAGUCUGUACGGGACUGUGACAGCACAGCCGUUGUCACUGUGGUCUGCCUGCUGGUCAUGUUUGUGUGGUACUGUUACCACGUGGGCCGAGAACAGCCCCGACCCCAUGUGUCCGUCAACUCCCUCCUGCAGGGAGUGGAUGCCAAUGGGCUACAGAAUGGGUCCAUGUACUGCCAGUCACCCGAGUGCGUGCGCUGCAUGCACCACGAUGGUCUCAACCAGAAGCUUUACCACAACCUGCAGGAAUAUGCCAAGCGGUACUCAUGGUCCGGUAUGGGCCGCAUCCACAAGGGCAUCCGGGAGCAGGGCCGCUACCUCAGCAGCCAGCCCUCCAUCCAGAAGCCCGAGGUCUUCUUCCUGCCUGAUCUCCCCACUACGCCCUACUUUUCCCGGGACGCCCAGAAGCACGAUGUGGAGCUGUUGGAGCGGAACUUCCAGGCCAUCCUCUGCGAGUUUGAGACACUCUACAAGGCCUUCUCUAAUUGUAGCCUCCCACAAGGGUGGAAAGUGAAUAGUACCCCCAGCGGGGAGUGGUUCACCUUUGACUUUGUCAACCAGGGCGUUUGUGUCCCCAGGAACUGCAGGAAGUGCCCACGGACGUACCGCUUGCUCGGCAGCCUCCGGACCUGUAUUGGAAACAAUGUUUUCGGGAAUGCCUGCAUCUCGGUGCUGAGUCCUGGGACCGUGAUCACGGAGCACUAUGGACCCACCAACAUCCGCAUCCGGUGCCACCUAGGUCUGAAGACUCCCAAUGGCUGUGAGCUGGUGGUAGGGGGUGAGCCCCAGUGCUGGGCAGAAGGUCGCUGCCUGCUCUUCGACGACUCUUUCCUGCACACUGCAUUCCAUGAAGGUUCUGCUGAGGAUGGCCCACGAGCGGUCUUCAUGGUGGAUCUUUGGCACCCCAACGUGGCAGCUGCCGAACGGCAGGCCCUGGAUUUCAUCUUUGCUCCAGGACGAUGAGGACGUUGCCUGGGCUGGAGCCAGGCUGAGUGGCCCAGGUGGACUGUGGGACAGCCCAGUCCCUGCCGUGAUCCACACUGGAAGCGCAAGUGGCCUUCCGUCCCCCAUGGGAGCCCUCUUUUCUUUGGUUACUGGAAACUUCUUAGGUUUCUUUCCCCUUCCAGUUAUCUACUGGGACUUCUGGCCUAUUAGUGUGUCCCUUUGGCUGUGACCAGAGACUCUGUACCCCUCAAGUCUGUGACUUUGCUACCUGAUGUCUUCUCUGUGUUCUGGAAUAGAGUAACCAAAUGGCCAUUUGUCUGAAUGUAAUCAACUUAAACUUUGUAGCUGUCUCACCAGAGACCACAGCCAAUGGCCCGACAGCUUGGCGUCUGAUGCUGGGGUUCAGACCUACACUGUCCCAGAGCAAGAGACAGCCUGCAGCCUGCACACCUGUUGGCUUCAUUAGGGUCUUACCAGUCACCAUCAGGGUGGUGCGUAGGUCAGGGUCCAGGGAAUCCAUCAUUAUUUCUGUCACCUGAAGUCUGUCAGAGUCCUGGUGGUUGUGACCAGGGCGUUUGCUUUAGUCACAGGUUCCUACAGAGCUGACGGCCAGUGAGGGCUCCCAGGUCAGCAAAGGACAGGGAUAGUAGCUCACUGCCUACUGAAGCCUACUGCCAAGCCACGCCUCACACGUGCUGCUGCUGUGGUUUUGAGUCCACCCAGAUUGUCAGGAAACAUGCUCGGCUUAACCUUUGCCACCAACCAUGUGACUGGGUGUCCGUCCUGCUUUGGAGUCUGUUGCCUAAGAGUCGACUAGGGGACAGCAAAGAAUCAGCCCCAUGUCAAUCAAAACAUUGACUCAAGCCCAUGGGCGUGAGGACACCGAAGAGAGCUACAGACCCUGAGAUCCACAGAUAUGACAUUGGUCUUUGGUCUCCAGAGAAAACACACAGUUCUCUUCCCAAAGUGAAGGCUAGCCAGAGGCCCAGAUAGCCACAAGUCAACUGAUGCAAGAACAUAGUCAGCCAUUCUCAGAACACGCUUUGGGAGUAGUGGCCCAUGGGUCUUGUCCAGAGCAGGACAGAAUGACAGCUUGCUUAUGUAACUAACACUGGUCCAGGCCCUGCGUUAGGUCCAAAUGCAAACCCGACUCCUCUAGAAAGUAAUCCGAUGAAGUCAGUCCCCAGAGGAGAGAAACACACCUGCACUAUUUCUGUGCUCAGGGUUGGAAGGGAACCUUUGGGCUCCAGAGCAUCUGCACUCGGGGUUCUCAGCAGAAACCUUCAAAGUGCAUGGUUCCCGUGUGUCCCCACUGCCCCCACCACAUGCCAAUGACAUGGCUG